AUGGAGGUUGAAAACUUUGAGGAGGUGGGGUUCAGAGGAUUCUUAAGAAUAAGAGUUGAUUUGGAUACCUCCAAACCUCUCCCCCCUGAUUUUUCCAUACCUUAUCCAGCCAUGGGGUGUCUAAAGAUUCGCUUGAAAUAUAAAGGGCUCGAGGAUUUUUGCUUAGUCUGUGGCAGACUAGGCCACUCAAGAGGCUGCCAACAUCCACCCAACCCUAGUUUCACGGUGGAUGGAUGGGGUUUUGGUGAUGAAAUGAGAAUGGCUGUCAUCUCAAGUGCCCCAAAUUCUCUCUUUCCUAGUCGCCGAAGAAAGAGAGUUGGACUGGGAUAA